GGAAAUGUGGCAGCGGCAGCGGAGCCACGUGUGGAGCAGAGAGCCGGCGUACGCUAGGUCCCUGACACUUGGCAGAUGUUAACACCAUGAGCUUUGUGGCAUACGAGGAGCUGAUCAAAGAAGGCGACACAGCCAUCCUGUCAUUAGGCCAUGGCUCGAUGGUGGCAGUGCGUGUGCAGCGUGGGGCCCAGACCCAGACCCGGCAUGGCGUCCUGCGGCACUCAGUGGACCUGAUUGGCCGCCCAUUUGGCUCCAAGGUGAUCUGCAGCAGAGGCGGCUGGGUGUAUGUGCUUCACCCCACUCCUGAGCUCUGGACGGUGAACUUGCCCCACCGCACACAGAUUCUCUACUCCACCGACAUUGCCUUACUCACCAUGAUGCUGGAGCUGCGACCCGGUUCUGUGGUCUGUGAAUCAGGCACGGGCAGUGGGUCUGUCUCCCAUGCCAUCAUCCGCAGCAUCGCCCCGACUGGCCACCUACACACGGUGGAGUUCCACCAGCAGCGGGCAGACAAGGCCCGGGAGGAGUUCCAGGAGCAUCGGGUGAGCCAGUGGGUGACUGUGCACACCCAGGAUGUGUGCCGCAGUGGCUUUGGUGUGAUCCAUGUGGCUGAUGCUGUCUUCUUGGAUAUCCCAUCACCCUGGGAAGCUGUGGGCCAUGCCUGGGAUGCCCUCAAGGUUGAAGGUGGGCGCUUCUGCUCCUUCUCUCCAUGCAUUGAGCAGGUGCAGCGCACGUGCCAGGCCCUGGCAGCCCACGGCUUCACAGAGCUCAGCACCCUGGAGGUGCUUCCACAGGUCUACAAUGUACGCACCGUCAGUCUACCCUUGCCUGACCUGGGACCCAGUGACCUAGAGGUCAGCGUGGUCUCCGACGCCAGCUCCUUCCGCAGUGGCACACCCAUGAAGGAGACUGUAGGACACACUGGCUACCUGACUUUUGCCACCAAGACUCCAGGCUAGUGGGCCUGGACAGGAGUAUCACAGGCAAGCAAGGAGGCCAGAAGCUACCUUAUAUGGUCAGCCACUGCCUGUGGGGCUGGUGUUUAGAAAUAGAUGGCAGGGUGGGGCAGGGGCCUCCUGGGUAGUUGACGGGGGUGAGGAGGCUGGCCUUGUUCAGGAGGGAGGUAUUCCUAUGUUCAAGCUCUAUCCUGGCUGCUUUUUGUCACCAUGAAGUUUCCCCUACUAUAGACUCUCCUGGGUGUGGAGACCAGAUGGUACAAACUGAGGGCAGAGGAAGGUUCUGGGCAUUACCUAAAGGCUGAGCUGAUCUACAGGGCCAAUGGACUGUCUCAUCCCCGGUCCAAAGCUCCAGCCACUGGUGGUCCGCAGCCAAAAGUUGUGGAUCAGCUAACCAGAAAGCCUGGCCCUGCCUUUAUCUGGUGUGCUGUCUGUCAUCUAGAAUUAGGCAUCAUCCUGUGAAAGGGGGUCCAGUAGGAUAGGCCUAGGCCUCCAGUGACCCGUCAAGCCCAUGUUGGAGCAAGGGUCAAAGAGGGGCCACAGGGGCUGGAGAGAUGGCUCAGAGGUUACACUGACUGCUCUUC